AACGGCCAGAGGGAUGUGCGGCGGGAGCGGCUUAGAGCUUUAUAUAAGGGUAGCUUGACUUUGAAACCAGCUACUGGUUUUGAUUAACGCGACCGAGACAGAUCCGCCGCGUUCAACUGAUCCGAAUUUUUUUUGACUUCCGAGAACCUCCGAGGGCGCAGACGCGUCGAUCAUACCCGUUCUCUCGUCGACCGAGUUUCAUUCGUCUUUCUAACGUGGAGUGAGAUUUCCGUUCGCCGGAGACUGAUACGCCGGAAGUUCCAACCGACGAUACGAAACAUGUCGUUGAAUCUGAGCGCCGAUCUGCCGGACGACGUUUUCAUCCACGAGGAACGAACAUUAACCGGUAUCUAUACUUUCGCGGCGAUCACGCUGGGUUUCAUCGGCUUUUUCGGUUUCGUCUUGAAUCUGCUGGUCAUAGUAACGGUCGUUAAGAACGCCAAUGUACUGUGGACACCCAACAACGUGGUCCUCGUCAACAUGGUCAUUGGAGAUUUCCUAGUAGCUGCGAUGGGAAACCCUUUCGCAAUGACAUCGGCGAUCGCAGGUGAAUGGUUUUGGAAUCACGAAGUGUGUCUGUGGUACGCAUGGUUCAUGACUACUAUGGGAUUUGCCAGUAUUGGUAAUCUGACAGUGAUGGCAAUAGAAAGAUUCCUACUAGUCACAUGUCCGAUAAAGACAUUAUCAAUAAGGAAUGCUUACAUAUUGGCGUUCUUGGUUUGGAUAUACGCACUCUGCUUGUCAUUACCGCCGUUUUUCAAUUGGGGGACUUAUGGCCUGGAGGCAGGUAACAUAUCCUGCAGCGUAUCUUGGGAGAUACACGAUCCUAAGACGCACAACGAUACUUACAUCGGAUUUCUAUUUAUUUUUGGCUUCUUCCUUCCUAUCAUAAUAAUCACCAGCAGUUAUUACGGCAUAAUAAAGACUUUGAAGAAAAUAGAAAAAAGGAUCGGUGUGAGGAAUAGGCGAGAAAAGAAAGUCACUAAGAUGGUAUACUUAAUGAUUCUUGCUUUCCUAAUUGCUUGGUCGCCAUACGCCGUUCUUGCACUCGCAACCCAAUAUUUCUACGUACAAACCUCCCAUAUCGUAGCGGUGCUGCCAGCGCUCCUCGCGAAGUCCUCCAUCUGCUACAAUCCCAUAAUAUACGCGAGUAUGACUGCCCAGUUCGCCAAUAUUUGGAAGAAGAUGUUUUGCGUCAAUAACGCUAAGAAUAAGCAACAGCACGGAAGUGAAGGAGGUUCAAACGAGACGUUCAAACGAGAACAAGAUGAAGGACGCUUUUCAAUCAAGUUGAACGAAAAGACAUAAUAAUCAAAAGACAUAAUAAUCUUACUACGUGAUCUGUCAAUUCUCAAAAAUAUAGUAAAUAGGGAAAAACAAUACAUAUAGAAUAGGAUGUUCUUACGGGACCAAUAGCGCGCGUUACUUCAUUAUUUAUCCUCAACUAUUGAAGCAUCUUUAUCUCUUCCAUACAAAUUGAUUUUUUUCAUAUAAAUAAUAUAAUAUAUUUUCUUCAUCUUGCUCUUUCUUUAUUUUAAUUUAACACCGUUUGUAACGAAAGAACAUUUUCUGAACACGCAUAUUUUGCAUUCUGAGAGGCCUAAAAUUAAUUUUGACGAUGUACCUUAUAAUUACAGCACAUUAAGUAAAUUAUUAUUCACACAAUAUAUAGAUAUU